CACAAUAUAAGAGUGCUUGCCAAUUUAAGCGUCAUCAUAAAAUACUGAGAUUUAAUGCAUGUUUAUGCAAAUGUUUGCUGAAUUCACAUCAAUAAAUAUAUUGGACACAUUAAUUUGAAUACCUUUUAAGAAAAAGCAGGUUCAAGUAACAAAAAUGAAGGUUUACAUCUCUUUUGCUAUACUAGCAGGUCUAGUUGCUCUGGCUUUAUCAUGCAGUAACCCCUUAGAUGCAAAGGACUGCCUGACAGGAUAUUCCGCAGGUGAUCUUACAAGUUUAUGCAAGUUUAUGGAUAAUGGACAGAAUAUCACUGACUGUAUAAAGCAGAAGACAGAUUGUAUUCCAAGCGAAAUUCCAGAAUGGGGUGUACUAGAGGGUGCAGCGAAAACAGUAGGAUUAACUGGAUCAUGUAAUACAGGAAUGAAUUUGCAGCCAGUGUUAGGAAUCCUUCUACCCUCUCUACUUUUGAUAACAUACAGAUGGUUGGCCAACUAGAUAUAACGACAAUUCAUAUUCUUAUGCUGAUAUAAGGAGCCCAUAUGUGGCCAAUAAUAGAACUGCUUGUCACCUCUGUAAUAAUGAUAAUACAUUCAUAUUGGACAACUACAAAGAAACAAAUACAUGCACCACAAAAAAGGAGGCAGAAGUGAUUCGCUUUCAAAAACACAUGCUGUUCGUUGACACUGAUUAAUAAUUACUGAGCUUAGUAGAUAUGCAAUCCAAUCAAUUUGCUGGAUAUGAUCAUAGGAACAAGUAUGGUGUGUCUAAGCUAGUUAAUUAAGAAGGCUCUCACAUGCAAACUGUCACCACCUGCCAUUCGUUAC